UGUCCCGAGAGGGUUCGGCCAGGCCCAUGACAGCUUCCACAGUGUUUGAACUAUCACUUUCAACAAUCCACCCUCUGCUUUGGCCGAAACUCUGUUCCACAUGCGGAACUGCACUUCUUCUCACGAAACUCAACCCCUGUAACAGAGUUAGGGCUUUUGCGUGUUGGGGGGAAAGCGCUCGAAUCUGCUCCGCAAAGCCGUCGACCACCAUUCCCGACGAGUCGCGCAGUAUACCGGCGGCCGAUCCUGAGAAAGGGGACCACGAGGCGUCGAUAUUCAGCUUCAGCUUUUUCUGUUCGGGUGGUUUCCAGCUUGUGGUGCCAGGUCUACUAUGGCUGUCGGUUUUGGAGUCUUGCCGCGAAAAAUCGAGUCAUUCCGUGCUUUCCAUAUGCUCCAUAGCACUGCAGCUAUUUGUUCUUUUUCAGGAUGCAACACCAAGAGGAGAGGGCUAUGGUCUGAGCCGAUUGCUGGUAGCGCCUGUACUUCAGCAGCAGGGAAGGGGGAAUAUCUUUAAUCACUUCCACUAUAUCAUUCUCCGACCACAAAUGUCCCAGGCUUUUGCAUAAAGCUACUAGACGCAAUUCAUUCUCAUUUGCCCCUUCCAUUU